AUGAAAAAACGUUCAGGGAAAUAUAUUCUACUUUCAUCUUGCCUUUUAAGCCUUGGAAUUUACUACUACGUGAAGACGACAAAAUACUCAGAUUACAGGAGGAGGUACGAGGGCGUAUUGAAAGAUAUAGAAAGACAAAAGGCCAAAUUUGAAAAAUGGAAAGCGGAUAAUUUGUAG